AUGAGUCUAGAACAGAGGUUUAGUGAGUUGGCCAUAUAUGAUGCCAAAAAAUUCUUUAGAAUGGCAGAAAAUUUUUUAUUUAAUCUAACAGAUAUGGAAUCUAAAGUGAGAGAGGCUACAAAUAAUGAUCCAUGGGGAACUUCUGUAAUAUUGAUGGCACAAAUAAAUGCCGGUACUUUUGAAAUUAAUCAAAGAGCAGAUAUCAUCAAUAUGCUGUUGAAUAGGUUUUUAGAGAAGAAUGGAUCUCAAUGGAGGCAGAUAUAUAAAUCUGUUUUACUAUUACAAUAUUUGUUGAUUAAUGGCUCAACGGAGUUUGUUAGUGAAGUUAAAUUAAAUUUAACGUUGAUUAAAAACUUAAUGCUCUUUGAGUUCAUUGAUGACCAAGGUUAUAAUCAAAGUUCCAAAAUAAGUAAAGCAACUGAGAGAUUGAUAGAAUUAAUGACCGAUGAUCAUCUAUUGAAUGAUUUAAGAGAAAAAUCUAAGAAUUCUAAACAUAAAAUAUUCAACAACAUGUAUGCUACUUCGGAUACUAAAGGUAUGGAUAUAAAUUCUGGGUUUUCUACAGGUGGUUUAAGUAUUAGUGCAGAUUAUGAUUCGGAUGAUGAAAACGAUUCUCAAGCUGGCACUACGGAUGUAGAGUCGUUCAAUGAUGAGCAUAAUAUAAAAAGGAUAUAUACUGAUGAAACUACUGAUGUGGAAGAUUGUUUCAAUGACCUAGUAAAGGUAAAAGAUAAUGAAAAUUUUCAUGAUUUCAUUUCAAUGCCUCCAUUAGUUGAGAGUCUCUCUGCUCCUAUUACUGUUUCAAAUAAAAAUAAUACUAGCAAUGAUGAAGAGGAGUUUACUGAAUAUGUUUGUUCUAAGCCAGUUGAAUAUAAAUCUUCGUCAUCUGGAGCUCCAAGGUCGGUUAUAAAUAUUGGUAAGCAGUUAUCUAAUGACGGUAGUCUGGCGACGGAAAGACUUCGGUCUAUUGACAUUGAUCCUUUCUAUUCUUUAUAUUCUGCUGUCAAGCAAGCACAUUAA